AUGAUGGAACAUAGAGCAAAGAAAAGGAAUCACGGCCCAACGUCAGACAAGGCGAGAGGAAAAGGGCGGAAUCGAGAUCAUGCGGCCAAACAGAAAUUGAGGGUGGCCCGAGAGGAAGCCAAACCGGGACAAACAAAAGGACCUCUGCCUUCAAAAUAUUUGCCCGGCGCAUGUCAGCCUGACUCAUGCGGCGAAGAGGCGGCGUGCGUGCCUCACAACGAUACUAUGCACUCAUGCUGGUGCACUUCGAACGGGAUGCCAGUUACGGAGGAUCUCAAAUGCCCCAGAAACACAGCCAAAUACUUUCCCGGCGUAUGCCAGCCUGAGUCAUGCGGCACAGAGGCGGCUUGCGUGCAGUACAACAAUAGCAUGCACACCUGUUGGUGCACUUCGAAUGGGCUGCCGGUCACUGAGGACUUGAAUUGUCCAAGAAGCACAGUUCCCGUGACGCUAAAGCCUAUCUACAAUGUGAUCCCACCGGGCCCAUCGAAUGCUUCAGCUGAGUCCAAAUACGCUGCAUCACCACCCACCGCGCAAGUAUCAAAGUCCUUGAUAUCGGCAAGAGGAGACAUUUACGCUGAAUCUACAUCAGCUAACGGAUCUCUGAUAGAGUCUGGGGUGACCGCCGGCAUGGGUACCUUGAUAAUAGGCACAGUCUUUGGUGCCGUAGUACUAAUCCUUCUGGUAUCCAUAGCCGCUUUCUACCUCAAAAAACGGAUUUGUCGCCUUGAUGGAAAACCGAAACCGCAUGUGCGACCAGGAGAACCUCUACUAGCUGAACGGUAUAUAACAAACCCUCAGUAUGGAGUCUACGGGGCGGGCAACGUGGUACCAGUGACAGGACCAGGGACCCCUGGAGAUGACGAUACCAAUAAGUCGCAGGUGCUACUCCUUGAUCGGAACACACUCACAUUCCUGGAAGAAGUCGGUGAAGGAUGCUUUGGAAAAGUUCAUAAAGGACUACUUAGAACUGCAACAGAAGAACAAGUUGUAGCCAUAAAAGUAUUAAAGGAAAGCGCGGGUCGCAGCGCCACAGAAGACUUUGUGAGAGAAGUUUCUAUCAUGUCUGCAUUUCGCCAUGCAAAUAUUCUUGCACUUGUUGGAGUUGUGUACAGAGACGAUAUUAAUGCAAGCCCUUGGAUGGUAUUUGAGUACAUGGAGUGGGGAGACUUAGCUGGUGUCUUAAGAGGAUCCCGGGGUGGAGGAAGACCAGGACCACCUUUAGACGAACCUGCACUGUUACACGUAGCUCUACAAAUUGCCCGUGGAAUGCAAUAUCUUGCUUCUCGAAGAUUUGUUCAUCGAGACCUCGCAGCUAGAAACUGUCUCGUCGGCGCCAAUCUUACAGUAAAAAUUGCUGACUUUGGGAUGUCACGAGAUGUCUAUACUUGUGAUUAUUACAAAAUGGCCGGUGAAAGACCGAUGCCAGUUCGAUGGAUGUCGCCUGAAAGUAUAGUGUAUGCAAGAUUUACCCAUGAAUCAGACGUUUGGUCUUAUGGAGUUGUUCUUUGGGAGAUAUACAGUAGAGGGAAGCAACCAUUCUAUGGUCAUAAUAAUGAUAGCGCUACCAAGUUAAUUUUAAGAGGCAUAUUAUUAGUUCCUCCCGAAGAUUGUCCACGAUUUGCAUUUGAUUUAAUGCGUGCAUGUUGGAAGGCAGAACCCCUUGAAAGGAUAGGUUUUGAUGAAAUUUGUAGAAAAUUAGACUUGGCAGCAACAGGAGAUGAAAAAGCAAUGCAAAUUCGUCUGCCGCGACCACCUCCACCACCUCAGGAUUCAACAGGCUAUUUGAUACCAAAGGAACAAGCGCCAGUUGAUUACUUAAAGCUGUCAUUACCUAUGCCUGAGGAAGAUGCAGAAGCUGCUUCAGACUCUAGUGAGGAGGACGACGAUGAGGAGUUUACUUGA